UCUCGAGCUACGUGUUGCGCACUGAGUUAUGUUGGCGUGUUGCGGAUGAGAACCCCCUGGAAAACCAAGAGCUCAGGUCUGGAAUGGAGCCGACCGCGGGAGGAGGCUUAGCAGACACGUUCGAGCGAUAACCUGCGUCGUAAACUUUCUGUUACAGACCCAUGAAAUGAACGAGGAGGGUCCGUCCAGCACCAACCAUGAUUUCCAACAACGUCAUGUCAUUCGUGAAGAAGAUGGUGAAAAGCGGGUCAGACGAGGAUGGCAGCCUGACGAGCAAGUUCAGGGCCACUGUGGCCGGCCUCAGUCCCAGGGCCUCCAGGGCAGACCUGGGACACCUCACACCGGAGGAAAGGUCCAUCCUCGCCAAGGUCUGGCAAAAAGAAGAGGAGUUCGAGAAGAUGACGCAAGUCAAAAAGCCCGUGCCACCAUUAACUCCUCCUCAGCAGACCCCUCAACCACUCCUGCCCAUAUCUUCUCCCCCGUCAUCGACGACGACGACGACGACCUCGACCUCGAUGCCUCCGCAGGCCGUAGCCGCUUGCCUAAGUCCUGCGCCGCCGUGUCGCAUCUGCCGCAAAGGCAUUCAGGCCUCGGAGCCCAGCCACACAUGCAACGAGUGCAAGCAACUCGUCUGUGACGAUUGUGCCUCUUAUUCGAGGCAAGACCAGAGGGAUGGCGGGUGGCGAUGUUCUUGCUGCCGACGACGACAGAGCCAUGACCGUCUAGGACCUCCUCCGGGGGCAGGAAUGCACAGGGUCCCUUCUGUCCGGCGGAUGACGGAAAGAAUAGUCCAAGAAGGGACGAGCACAACUGGACACGUGGGAGCGGGUGGACCACGCGGCAGCUUCAUGCUCAGUGAACCUCUCAAGGAAGCGCUGCGGCUCGAAAUGCAGAUGGCCGACAGCCUGGCGCCACCUUCAAGACCCAUCGUCAAAAGGGGAUCCUACGCGGGACAGACCGAGUGGCAAAGAAAUGGGUUACGGUCAUCUUCUCCAGAGCGACGGCACAGUUACCAGAAGCAAGAGAGAGCAUCUUCCGAAAGCUCCCUCGAAGAAGAGUACCUGCCAAGGCCCGGAAGGCUCAGAAGAAAGUCCCGCAUGCAGAGGAAUAGGUCGCAUGUGCCUGCUGAUGAAGAGGACUCGGACGGGAACGACAGGCGAAGUAACACGUCGUCAUCUUCAGCACUGGAUAGUCUGGAGGCGGAGCGAACGCACCGUCUGGACGUCUUGAGACGCUACAGCUCAGAGAGCUCGGACGUGAGUGACCUCAGCAGAGGAGCUCUGGAGAGCUCGCCCGACGAACGCCGUAGCAUCCCAAGCGUCACGGUGGACGCUAUCGGCGGAGUGUCAUUGCUCGACGAGAUGAGGCGAUGUUCGACGGGGAGCGCGCUUCCACGGAUACCCAUACCCGAAAAUCAGCUAAGCCUUUUUCCUGGUCCUCCUCAUGGCACUGGAAGCACGCAUUCCUUGGACCUUCCACGAGAAGAACUGGGAAAACCAGAGAGGAGAGCAUCGGCUCCUGAAGGGGACAACAUCAAGAUCGUCAUAGAUGACGUAGACAGUGGAGGUCCUGCACCGGCAGCUCCUCUGGUGAAGAGGAUCCUGCUCAAAAGAGACCCCGCUGAUACAGGGGCUAGAACACGGGGGUUUGGCAUGCGGGUAAUGGGAGGCAAGAAGGGACCCGACGGCCACUUGUACGCCGUCGUUGCAUGGGUGCUGGCUGGUUCUUCGGCAGAUCUCGCAGGUCUUCAGCAGGGAGACAUUAUACUCGAGUGGAACGGAACGUCCUUCGUUGACCGUUCUUACGAAGAGGUCUGUGCGGUGCUGGACAAGUCUGGAGCGACUGUCGAAAUACUUGUGGAAACAGGAAGGCGGAUGAGCAGUCGAGAACUGCGUGCAUCAACCGGCAACAUACCCACAAGAAAAAGUUCCGACGCUUCAGAAGUCGGCGCGGCUACCAGACGGAAGCUUCCUAAGACUCCGGAUGAACUCUGUCAUAGGGCACACGUUCAAGGGGAGCUGGGAGUUAGGUUAUGGUACGAUGGCAGUGACCUCGAAGUGACCGUGUUGGGAGCACGUGGACUGCCGCCCAGAAGGUCGUAUGUGAAGCUGAGGCUGCACGACCCUUCGACGGGCACCCGCGGUGGUGCUAUGAAAACGCCCAUUUCAGAACCCGUGGCCAACCCUGAGUGGAAUAAGACGUUCGUGUUUCCCGGGCAAGAGAGCUUAUCCGGCCUGUACCUGGACCUCUCCGUUUGGGAUCACCGUCCCGUCGGGUCAAACGCCUUUUUGGGCGAAGUGCUAGUCGUUCUUGACAGGUCGAACUUGAGAGACGUGCCGCAGUGGUUCGCACUGGCUAGCCGGAGGACGCGUUCCGAAGAUCUGCCCGUGGUUGUCGAUGACAGGGAUCUUAUCAAGAGUUCCUCCAUGGAUUCCAUGCUACUUCACCCUGACGACGCCAGGCAGGGCGUCGAGCGCAAAUCAUCUGCACCUUCCGUAGUUUACGCCGUCAACGCGUCCGGACAACGCAAACAGCUGCACGCGCAAGACAGCCUGCCAGAGUUAUACGGGACUCCGUCCGACAAUAGAGAACGAACGAGGAGCGCCAGCUUCAAGAUGCGACGAGAUGCUAUUCUAGCGGAGUCUACCGGGCGGACUUCGAGCGCCAGCGAUGAGGACCGUCGUCGCAAGCUGUCCCGCACGGUGAGCCUCAAGUCGGAGACCCGACUCGGACUAGGUGGAGACGAUAGUAGUUCCAGUUCCGAGUGUUGCCCUGCAUCCUCCGGACCCAGGAGGGACGUGCCAAGACUAGGGGAGCUCAAGCUCGGCUUCAUCAUGACCAAAGGGCAGUUCGAAGUCGAAGUGGUCUGCGCAAGGGGACUGCCCCUCGGGGUCACUGGUGCACCGCCAGACACAUACGUCAAGACUUACCUCAAGGAAGGCGGCCGUCAGAUGCAGAAACGGAAGACCCGCGUCGUCCGUCAUUCUUCAGAGCCUCAGUACAGGCAGACACUGAAGUACACGGCAGCGGAUGUUCUAGGCAGGUCGCUGCUGGUCACAGUCUGGGAACGGACGCGAGGCUUCGAGCACAACCAGCCGCUCGGUGCAGUCCUGGUGCCACUGGACCGGCUCGAUCUGAGCCGCCUGACGCUCGCCUGGUACGCACUGCAGACGCCGGCUGGACCCACCACAAAUUCCGGACCUUCAGGGAACGUCGACGACGAUGACGACGACGACGAUUCGCUGUGACAUCAUCGUGCGUCGUCUGCUUGUGUUUCCCCGGAACGAACGAGCUUUCUGUUGUUCAGCUGUCGUUGCCUUUCAUACCUCUGGCCUUGCCUAUCGGAGGCAGUUUCGUAUCGAUGAUUGUGUGCUUUGCAAAGUGCGCUGCCAAGCUAGGUAGGAAACCGAAUUUAGAUUAACUUUCUACGACGAUAAGAUUGCUUAGCGUGAUAGCACCGCGGAAUCGAACGGGGUUCCACUUUUCCACGAUGAACCCACUCGGAAGUGUCGUGAAGACGGCACAAGCACGACAAGAACUGCAUGUGGUCUACUGCUUUCGGGUGUGACAUGGGACGUUUCGAAGGUGCUCUCGCGGUGACAUUGCGCAAUGGCAGACAGGUUCAACCUGGAUAAAGAGGUUGGUCUUCAAUUAUGCAUUCGACCAGGAAAUCGAAGGACUCGUUCUUACUGUUCAGGAACUCGAUCCCCCCGUACACGAUCCUCCAAUGGGAUGUCGUCGUUGAAUACGAGAACGACAUCAGGAACUCGCGCCUAUCUAUGUGCGGAUGCAUUCGCUUUGUGCAGAAGAGCGGCAGUGAUGGACAGCCUUGGAAUUGCAUAAGAAUCGAUACGAAACUGCGUCUGUUACCUCGUGUUACUCUGACAAGGAAUGAUCAGGACUCGCCCAGUCGCUUCUCAUGCGGUGGUCUUUACCAUUUCAUUCAAGUUGCAUGUUGUUAAAAAGCGUUCAGAUUUUUAUAAAAAAAUUUAAAGCCACGUUAAUGUCACGUUGAUAAUCAUAUAGAGAAGUUCUCCAAGUGCCACCUUUUAUAAAUUAUGUUGCUUCAUCCACUAUAAGCCCUACAAUGUCCUUCCGCUGAGAACGAUUAACAUGGACUAUACCAACACCACCUGGAUACAGAAAGCCUGCUUACUCGUCGACGUGACGUAAUAACUAAGAGUCAGCCAAUUAGGAUCGUGUUUUCAACUACCGUAGCCAAUCAUGAACGUGCUUUCAGCGGGCGAACCGUGAAGACGAGCCACCGUCAGCUUCAUGGGCAGCAACUGUCGUCUGCGAGUAUAGUAAACGUCAUCCGUACCACAUGGGAAAACAAAAUAAAGCGCAACAUGGUCCCAUAUUGUUGUCAAGACUGAUUUUCUGGAAAGGGUAUUGUACUUUUAGUCUACAUGCAGGUUCAAAUUUGCGAAGCUAGCUGCAAUCAUUUUCAAGUUUCGCAGAACGGCAAAUCGCGGUAGCAGACGAAUUCUGACAUCAUAUGUCGACGUAGCGAAGGAGGGAGAGGAGGCAGUAAGCAGGCCUUCUGCGCUUGAAAUUGUCUGCGGCGAUUGUCUCUGUCGAUGCUGAAGCAGACGACAGCGACAGUCAGACGACAGACAGCGACAGUUGUUUACUCCAGGUGGCGUUGGAAGGGCCCGCUGUGUAGGCACCAUACCGCUGUGCAGAGCGCUUGUAGAGAGUAUGGGCAGACAUUGUAAUGUAAGUGGGGCGCUGACUCAUUCCGUGGAUAAAUAACACAGAGUGUCCAGAGAGAAACUAUACAGCUGCUUGUGCACCUCGGGUGAUUUCUUUUCUGCGGACAUGAAGGGAUACUAGAGCGGCAUUUUUGUCGUCUGCUACCGAACCUUCUUCCGGAUUGCAGAUAGCUGGUCGAGCGGCUCGUUCGUGUUGGAAGCACACAAGGACGCUUGGCUGGCAAUCCUUGGGUACGCAGUCUCCUGUGUCGUCUAUUUGUUCUUAGUCUUAGGGCCUUUCUUUGCCACUUUUAACGGAGCUUUCGACUGCCCCGUUGAUCACAUGUGUGAGUAGACUUUACCAACUUUAUAGAGAUAACCUCUCCAGCAUCUGAACAUUCGCGCGUCAUUCUUCCGACGGUGGUCAAGUACGCAAACGUUGCAAGUGGUGUCAAGCUGUAAUGUUUACCCCUGGACACACUGUAUUGUGUUCAUGCACUCUGAAGGGUUGUGCUUCGAGGUGGUAUACAGCAUUUCCUAUCUUUUCUGUUUUGUGUGUAACGCUGGAACCUCCUUGAAAAAGAAGGCACUAUGUUCGGUAAGACAUAGGAUUUAUGCGACAAAACGAUAAGUGCCAGAAAGACAUUAUAUACAUGGAGAAAAAUAGAAAGUACCUUGUAUUAUUACUUUCGGUUCCAAUGCAAUGACGCUGUGAGCGUUGUACAUUAGCUGUGCUCACUGUUCAUCUACUGAGGCGCCGUGUCCCACAAAACUGUCACAAACAUACGUCUGUUUUUUAAAGAAACAAAUUGAUCCUUCCUUCCUUUAUAUUCCAAAGAAAACGUAAAAGAAGAGAAGAAGGGAUUCUUCCCCCUCCCUGUGACCAUCUACCCUCUCUCUCCCCACUAUGCAAGUGUCUGAAAGACUGUCUGCAAUCUUCCUCCUGAGCACACCCGCGCCCUUCCAGAUGUGAUAUCUCUCGCCGCAACUGCUAUCUGUUCAUAUCUAUAUAGGAGAAAAACUUUUACGAGGUAUUUUUUUUCGUCUCUCCCGUUGCGAGAGAUUUUGUAUUGUCGGGACACAGCAAGGUGUCCCUCGUUGUUGUACAACUUAUCUGUCCCUGUUGGAAGAAAAAUAA